GUUCGACUUUGGCGUCCUUACUCCCCUUGAUGAUAUUUGAAAGGCUGCAUCAAGGCUACCGAAGAAAUAGAACCCGCUCUGUCGAAGCUAUAGAGUUUCCACAGGAACCAUAAACGAAGCCUUAUGCCGAGAUGUCGCCGUCACUCGAGGACAUGGAGGCCGAGUGGCACUCGCAGCUCAACGCAAUGCGCAGCGCCAUUGCAGACUUAGGUAUUUCCAAGUUGACUGGAAGUACUGUCCCGUAUGGUCAUGAUUUUGAAUUGGACAUAGAUAGUACCCCUUCCGCCAGUGCGAGUGACGAAGACCUUUGGGACAUCAUUAGCGAUGAUAAUGAUGAUGGCGAAGUGACCGACUAUUCUGCUAUGGCUGCAGAAAACAGCCUUUCUACUGUUUUUAGUAACUCGGGUACAAUUUACAGUCGAGAGUGGCUGCGUGAGCAGUGUAGUCAAGUUGCUCGUGGCAGUGCAGGCCUGGACGGCGACACACUACAAGAUCAAGUGUUUGCCGUCCUUGCCUCGGACAGCAAUGAUGAGGAGCUCCAGAUGAUACUUGCAGAAGUUCUUGGUUAUGAACAACUUGACCUCGUUGCUGAUCUCAUCAAACAUCGGCAAACGGUAGUCCGAUCUUCUGAUACCUCACCAGACAGCAGAACAACUGCCGGCAGGUUGCAAACACGACAAGAGCGUGAAGAGACUCUUCGUCGACAGGAACUGGAGCAUAAAAAUGCACCAUUACCAGCACGAUCUCAUUUCGAUUCACCCAAGUAUCCACACGUUUACAAGACCCAUGAUGAAGGCAACACGUUGUCAUCCUCUGGCAGAAAGUACGCCGUGCCCCAAGGAAGUCAGCGUGUUGAACAUGAAAAAUAUGAAGAAUAUACAAUACCCGCUGCAAAGGUCGGCGUCCUUGGCAUGGGCCAGAGUCUAGUCGAAGUUGCCCAUAUGGAUGGGCUUUGCAAAAGAACUUUCAAAGGGUACAGAGCCCUCAAUCGCAUGCAAAGUUUAGCUUACCCAGUCGCAUACAAAACAAGCGAAAACAUGCUCAUUUGUGCUCCAACUGGUGCCGGUAAAACGGAUGCAGCAAUGCUCACUAUUCUGAAUACCGUCUCAAAAUAUGUGGCACCCAAUCCAGUCGAACACCCAGAUGCUGUCGACUUUACUGUCAUGACCGAGGAUUUCAAGAUUGUCUAUGUUGCCCCUAUGAAAGCCCUGGCAGCCGAAAUCACAGACAAAUUAGGGAAGCGCCUGUCCUGGCUUGGCAUCCAGGUUCGUGAAUUGACGGGUGAUAUGCACCUGACCAAAUCAGAGAUCAUGCAAACACAGAUCAUUGUUACGACUCCCGAGAAAUGGGAUGUUGUCACGCGGAAGAGUACUGGAGACACGGAACUCGUACAAAAAGUUCGAUUGCUCAUUAUCGAUGAAGUCCAUAUGCUUCAUGAUGAGCGUGGAGCAGUGUUGGAAUCGCUUGUUGCACGUACGGAGCGUCAGGUUGAAAGCACUCAAUCCCUCAUUCGAAUAGUUGGACUUUCGGCAACGUUACCAAAUUAUGUGGAUGUUGCAGACUUCCUCAAGGUGAAUCGCGAUGCUGGUCUCUUUUACUUCGAUGCCUCGUUCCGUCCGGUACCCUUGGAACAGCACUUCAUUGGAGUCAAGGGCAAAGCAGGGACAGCAAAGUCAAGAGAGAAUCUGGAUACUACUGCGUACGAGAAGGUAGAGGAUAUGCUGAGAAGGGGGCAUCAGAUCAUGGUCUUCGUCCAUUCGCGCAAAGACACUUUCAAGACCGCAAAGAUGAUUUAUGAAAAAGCGUUAGAGGCAGCAUCAGCUGAUCUACUUAGUCCUAUCGGCCAUCCUAACUAUGACAGUGCAGUGCGGGAAAUGAAGUCAUCGAAAGGCAAAGAAUUGCGCGAACUGAUACCGAAGGGCCUGGGAACACAUCACGCUGGUAUGCCACGCACAGACAGAAACCUGGUCGAACGUCUAUUUGCCGAUGGUGUCAUAAAAGUGCUGUGUUGUACUGCUACUCUUGCUUGGGGAGUCAAUCUGCCCGCCGCUGCCGUGGUCAUCAAAGGCACAGAGCUCUAUAGCUCACAAGAGGGAAAGUUUGUCGACUUGGGGAUCCUUGACGUCUUACAAAUUUUUGGACGUGCUGGUCGGCCGCAAUUUCAAGACACGGGUAUCGGUUUCAUCUGUACAACACAUGACAAGCUGCAUCACUAUCUUUCCACGGUCACGCAACAGCUACCAAUCGAGUCGAGCUUCUCUAAACGAAUGGUCGACAAUCUGAAUGCUGAGAUCUCGCUUGGGACGGUUACUUCCGUAGCAGAAGCUGUCCAAUGGAUUGGCUACUCCUACCUCUUUGUGAGGAUGCGGCGCAAUCCUCAUUUAUACGGGAUAGAUUGGGCAGAGAUUAGAGACGAUCCUCGACUCGUUCAAAGGAGACGAAAGCUAGUUAUUGACGCUGCCAGAGUCUUGCAGCAGAGUCAGAUGAUAAUCUUCAAUGAAACUACCGAAGAACUCCGAGCGAAAGACGUUGGCCGGAUAGCCAGUCAAUACUACGUGCAACAAAGCAGCAUUGAAAUUUUCAACACCAUGAUGAAACCUCAGGCCACAGAAGCUGACGUGUUGAAAAUGAUCUCCAUGAGUGGAGAAUUCGACAACAUCCAGUCAAGGGAUACGGAGGAGAGGGAACUCACACGAUUGAAGGACGAAGUGAUUGCCUGUGAAGUCGAUGGUGGUGUCGGAACGCCUCACGGCAAGACGAACAUCUUACUUCAAUCUCACAUCUCGAAGGCGCGACUCGAAGACUAUACUUUGUCUUCGGACACUUCAUAUGUAGCCCAAAACGCAACACGAAUUUGCAGAGCUCUUUUUAUGAUAGCACUCAACAGGCGAUGGGGUCACCAAUGCCUAGUACUGCUGUCCCUGUGCAAAUCAAUCGAGAGGCAGGUAUGGCCUUUCGAACAUCCUUUUCAUCAAUUCGACCUUCCACAGCCUGUGCUCAGAAAUCUCGAUGAGAAGAGUACUUUGACCUCGAUCGAGCAGAUGCGCGAUAUGGAGCCAUCAGAGAUUGGUCAACUGGUCCACAAUAAUAAAAUGGGCGGUAUCCUGACGAAACUACUCGACAACUUCCCAACUUUGAGCGUAGACCACGAGAUCGCGCCACUCAAUCGCGAUGUACUCAGAGUCCGAUUUUAUAUUACUCCGGACUUCCGAUGGAACGAUAAGCACCAUGGUACUUCAGAAUCAUACUGGAUCUGGGUCGAGAACUCGGAGACAUCCGAGAUCUACCAUCAUGAAUUCUUCAUCCUAUCAAGAAAGAAGCUGUACGACGACCACGAAUUGAACUUCACUAUACCCCUAACUGAUCCACUGCCGACUCAGAUUUACGUCCGCGCCGUGUCUGAUCGUUGGCUUGGAGCCGAGACAGUUACUCCUAUCUCGUUCCAGCACCUUAUCAGGCCCGAUACGGAAAGUGUGUACACUGACUUGCUCAAUCUUCAACCAUUGCACAUCUCAGCACUCAAAAAUCCGCUUCUGGAGGAACUUUAUGGCCAACGCUUCCAAUACUUCAAUCCCAUGCAAACCCAGAUCUUCCACUGUCUAUACCAUACACCGGCUAAUGUAUUACUUGGAUCUCCGACAGGUAGUGGGAAGACUGUUGCAGCUGAACUGGCGAUGUGGUGGGCCUUCCGCGAGAACCCUGGAUCGAAGGUCGUAUACAUCGCGCCUAUGAAGGCGCUUGUGCGCGAGCGAGUGAAGGAUUGGGGCAAACGUCUUGCUCUUCCGAUGGGUCUGAAACUCGUCGAACUUACUGGUGACAACACACCUGAUACUCGUACGAUUAGAGACGCCGAUAUUAUUAUUACUACGCCUGAGAAAUGGGAUGGUAUCAGUCGUAGCUGGCAGACGAGGGGCUACGUGCAACAAGUCAGUCUUGUCAUCAUCGAUGAGAUUCAUCUACUGGGUGGCGACCGUGGUCCAAUUCUUGAGAUCAUUGUCUCUCGUAUGAAUUAUAUUGCAUCUCAGAAGAAAGGCUCGGUACGCUUGCUGGGUAUGUCCACUGCGUGCGCAAAUGCCACAGACCUGGGCAACUGGCUUGGUGUGAAGCAAGGGUUGUUCAACUUUCGACAUUCUGUACGACCGGUACCGCUUGAGAUCUUCAUCGACGGUUUUCCAGAACAGCGAGGCUUCUGCCCGCUGAUGCAAUCGAUGAACAGACCGACCUUCCUCGCCAUCAAGUCACACUCUCCCAACAAGCCAGUCAUUGUAUUUGUCGCUUCCCGACGGCAAACUCGCCUUACAGCCAAAGAUCUCAUCAACUUCUGUGGCAUGGAAGACAAUCCACGUCGCUUUGUAGGAAUGUCGGAAGAUGAUCUUAUACUCAACUUAUCCCGCGUCAAAGACGACUCUCUUCGCGAAGCUCUUAGCUUCGGAAUUGGCCUGCAUCACGCUGGUCUCGUUGAAUCUGAUCGACAGCUCGCAGAAGAGCUUUUCGCAAAUAAUAAGAUACAGAUCCUCGUUGCCACGAGUACUCUGGCAUGGGGUGUGAAUCUGCCUGCGCAUCUAGUUGUAGUCAAGGGUACACAGUUCUUUGAUGCCAAGAUCGAAGGGUAUAAAGACAUGGACUUGACAGAUGUUCUCCAGAUGCUUGGUCGCGCCGGUCGUCCUCAAUUCGACUCAUCUGGAGUUGCCCGAAUCUUCACACAGGAGGCUAAGAAGCCAUUCUACAAGCAUUUCCUGCAUACUGGAUUUCCAGUAGAGUCCUCAUUGCACAAUGUCCUGGACAACCAUCUGGGAGCAGAGAUCUCGGCGAAGACUGUUGCUACAAAACAGGACGCGCUGGAUUAUCUGACAUGGACGUUUUUCUUCCGGCGUUUGCACAAGAAUCCAUCGUACUAUGGUCUUAAAAUUUCUGCUGAUGAGCACAACACCAUCGCAGCCCAACAGCUUGCGAAUGAGUACAUGACUGAACUAGUUGACAGGUCUCUCAACGAGCUUGCCACUUCUGGGUGUAUAGAGAUCCACUCCGAUGGUGAUAUCGAUCCUACCCCUCUUGGUCGCAUAAUGAGUUAUUACUAUCUGUCGCACAAGACUAUUCGUCAUCUUAAAGACCAUGCGACACGCACGGCGACUUUCGAGGACGUGUUGAAGCUGAUGAGCAUGGCGACCGAGUACGAUGAGCUACCAGUUCGUCACAAUGAAGACUUGAUCAAUGCUGAGCUAUCCAAAAAUCUUCCACUCAAGGCCGAUAACAUGGACUUGCCAAUGUGGGAUCCGCAUGUAAAGGCAUUCCUGCUUCUCCAGGCCUACUUCAGUCGCAUUGAUCUGCCUAUCAGCGAUUACGUUGGAGAUCAGAAUUCUGUACUUGACCAGAGUAUCCGUAUCAUCCAAGCCAGCAUCGACGUCCUCACCGAAUUCGGGUUUAAGGAAAGCUGUGCGAUGAUGAUGACGCUGCUGCAGUGUGUCAAGUCAGCGCGCUGGCCAACAGAUCAUGUUCUGUCUAUCUUUCCAGGCGCAGAGCGUCUUGCAGACUCGCCUCCGAAGCAAGACGCCACCCCAUCUUCGCUCGUCGCCGUGACACAGAUGACACGUCACUCCAUCGAGGCAUUGCCAUCCACACUCAAUAUUCCACAAAGCAUCCGCCCUCGCUUCCUGAAGGCUGUAUCGCAUCUCCCAACACUCCAUAUUAGUGUUCCACCCGACUCCAUCUCCUCCACCACUCUCACGCUCUCCCUGACCCGCACCAACCGCCCGACCGACACCCAACUCCGCAUCUUCGCGCCACGCUACCCGAAGCCGCAAUCUGAAGGCUUUUUCGUACUCAUCUCGCUUGCAGGAACCGACGAAAUUGUCGCAUUGAAGCGCGUCGGUUGGAAUGUAGCUGACCCCAGAAAAGCUGGUAAAGGAGGUCAGAGUGCGAGACCUGGCAUGAAGACCAUGGCAAAGCUGAGACUGCCGGAGAGCGAAGUGGCGCGGAAGAUGGAUGUUAGCGUUGUUAGUGAUGGGUAUGUGGGCAUGUCUUGGAAGUUGCAGAUUGAUGUACCGGCAAUGAUCAAGACGAUGGGAGUUGAGGCGCCGGCGGCGAAGAAGGAGGCUUCUUCUUGAUUUGCGAUGGAGUGUUUCCUGGAUUACCGAAUUCGUCUUCUUUAGUGGACUUGGUCUGCUCGGAUGGACAGGAGGAAAGUUAUAUUGCUGGCAUUGUAGCUUGUUAUAUACGAUUAUGAGAUAAUAAACUCAGAUGCCUUGUCCUCGCUUUAUCGGUUGCGUAAGCUCCACUUCUACAGACGACUCCUUGACGCUUUCAAAAGAACCAGCGCACGGAAUAUAGCUAUGGUUCGUGUACGUAUAGCUCAGAGCAUACAUGUCUUCCAUUCGUUGCCCCUAGUC